AUGUUCCCUGCCUGCGGCAUCCCGGCCACGCGCGUGGCUGCUCCGCUGGCACCAGCCCUUGCAGACGCCUCUUUGGAGCUGCUAAGCCUCAAAAAUGCACUCUUAAUGAGGCGGCGGCGCUUAACGGAGCCAGCCAUGGCCCUGCUUGGAGCGGAGCUGCCGCACCAGGACCGGCCCUCACUGCGGUUCCUCACUUCCAAGGACCAGUUCCAUGAGUACCUGAGGGCGCAGGGGACACCCGGGAGCGAGGAAGCCCGUCAGGAGGAUGAGGAAGAGGAGCCGGCAAGCAGCGACCGGACGGAGCCUCCGGCAAAGCGCGCGAGGUCGGACGAGCCCCUUGCAGAAGGAGAAAGCCAAGAGGAUGCUGAAGAGGCUGGGAGAGGGGAGAAGGAGCCCGGGGAACGGAAAAGAGCCCGCGGGCAGAAUAAGAGCAGGCCGUGUAUGAAACCAAAUCACUAUGAGAAGAGCAGGCUGUGCCCGUCGGUGACGCAGGGGUGUGCAGAGAAGUGCUACUUCGGCGCGCGGUGUCGCUUCCUUCAUGACAUCAGUGAAUACAUGGCUGUGAAACCAGCCGACCUGGGGCAAAACUGCGUGCUCUUCGCGACCUUCGGCAAGUGCAUUUACGGUGUGACCUGCCGCUUUGCCCAGGCCCAUCUCGGCGAUGGCUACCAGAACAUCAUCAACAUGGAGCUGGCCAAGCAGUGGGAAGGGAAGUCGCUGGUGAGGAACAACCUCCCCAAGGACCUCCAGCACCGGCUGCGCAAGAAGAAGUUCAGCUUUGAGAAGGCUGACGAGUACCUGCGUCGUCUGGGCAAGCCUCAGGACAAGGGAGGGAAGGGAAACAAAACCUCAGGGAUCUCCACGGAGGGGCAAGAGGUGUCCAACUGCACAGCACCUGAGGAGAGCCCCAAGGAUGCCCCAGAACAUUCUGUGCUACCAGAGGAGGGAGAAGAUCCCAAAGCAGCUGCCUUGGAGAGUCCCUGCACCAUGGAUGCCUUGGAGAGUUCCCCCAUCAAAACGAUGGGCCCUGUGACAGAUGAAGACAUUAUAAAGCUACGGCCGUGUGAGAAGAAGAAGUUGGAAAUCCAAGGCAAGCUCUAUUUGGCUCCACUGACCACAUGCGGAAACCUCCCUUUUCGAAGGAUAUGCAAGCGCUUUGGGGCGGACGUCACCUGUGGAGAAAUGGCUGUGUGCACAAACCUCCUUCAGGGCCAGUCCUCUGAGUGGGCUCUCCUCAAACGGCAUCACACGGAGGAUGUUUUUGGGGUGCAGCUGGAGGGAGCAUUUCCAGACACAAUGACCAAAUGUGCAGAACUUCUGAACCAGACAAUUGAAGUGGACUUUGUAGACAUCAAUGUUGGGUGUCCAAUUGACCUGGUCUACAAGAAGGGAGGGGGCUGCGCUCUGAUGACUCGAUCCAACAAGUUUGAACAGAUUGUCAGAGGGAUGAACUCGGUGCUGGAUGUCCCACUGACGGUGAAGAUACGCACUGGGGUGCAAGAAAAGAUCAACGUGGCUCAUAAAAUAAUCCCCAAGAUCCGGGAGUGGGGAGCAUCCAUGGUCACGCUUCACGGCCGAUCGAGGGAGCAGCGGUACACAAAGGUUGCCGACUGGGACUACAUAGCAGAAUGUGCUAAAAUAGCAAGCCCCAUGCCUCUUUUUGGAAACGGUGAUAUUUUAUCCUAUGAAGAUGCUAAUCGAGCCAUGCAGAUGGGUGUUUCAGGAAUUAUGAUUGCAAGAGGGGCACUCAUCAAACCAUGGAUUUUCACUGAAAUUAAGGAACAGAGACACUGGGAUAUUUCCUCCAGUGAGAGAUUUGAUAUCCUCAAAGACUUUACCAACUACGGUCUUGAACACUGGGGAUCUGAUACUCAGGGAGUCGAGAAAACCAGGAAGUUCCUGCUGGAAUGGCUUUCCUUUCUGUGCAGGUAUAUUCCAGUUGGCUUAUUAGAACAUCUACCUCAGAAAAUCAAUGAGCGACCACCUUACUACAUGGGGAGAGACUAUCUGGAGACAUUAAUGGCAAGCCAAAAUGUGGAUGAUUGGAUUAAAAUAAGUGAGUUGCUGCUGGGACCUGUACCUACCAACUUCACCUUCCUGCCCAAGCACAAGGCCAACUCCUACAGAUAGGACCGACGGGACCCUUCUUAGAGCAUCCUGCUGGGAAGAGGCUUUUU